CCCAAAUGAAAGAACAGAGACCGCAAUGUGUUUAUUGCAUAUAAUAACUGCUGCAUAAAUUCAUAUAGCAACGCUUAAAAAUAAGAGCAACACAUUGCCAAAAAAGGACCAAAGGGAAAGAACCUGGAUUUUUUUGUUCAGUUUUGGUUUAUGUGAGUGAACAUCACAAUGACAUGUUUACAUUUUAGAGCUCCUGUGAGAAAGUUGUGCAAAGACCAUUUUGGCACGAUGAGGUUGCACUUUUGUCAGAGGUCAUCCAACAAAGUAAGUGCUAUUUAUCCUAACAUUUGCGUUCCUGCUGAUCUGGCCAAGGAGCUUGUUAUUUUCUUUCACAUACUAUAAGAAAUAGGCCUACUGUUGCAAAAUCAGAAUUGUUUUAAGUAGUCUGACUUUAUAAAAUUGUGCGUGCGUGUGUGUGUUCUCUCCCAGAUGUAUUUCCUGGGUGGGGUAAUCGCAGAAAAGCAUUGUGACUGUGAUUAUGUGCUUAUACUGUGAUGUGCUUUUGCAAGCCCUAAGCAGUCAUUAGCAAAGUCCACACAUCAGUGAUUCCACCUGGAUGACCAAGGUGACAUAGGGAUUAUUUUACUAACUGAGGGACCUGUUGAAAAUGCUUCAUAUAUAAAUAUUUGUAAUUGAACUGUUUAGUUAGUUAACAUAUUUAGUUAGUAGGCUACACAUCUGCAACUCAUGUUAAUUACACCGCACAUGUCUGACAGUUAUAAUAACGUCAGACAGAGCAAGAAAAACAUAACACAUGGUUUUAUAUUAUCAAACUCUGGAGUAGACCCAUUAAGAGGGUCGGCGUCAAGUAGCCUAUCCAUCCAGUUGUUACAUGAGCACCAUGCCAUUCUGGGCUUGUCUAACAACGGAAUUAGAAACUUCAUAUGGUCAACUCCUCCUCCUCCCCACUCUUAGCGCAUCUGCUAGGCUCUGGACAGAACGAUGUGAGGUUGCGUGGAGAACAUAGCAAUACUGGUGCAGGUUUUUCAGCAUUUAAUGUAGUGUAAAUUAGACUUACUUUGAAAAGUAAUUAAAUGUACUUUAUUUUCAACGGGAAAAUGAUAUACCACGUAAAGUAAAAUAUUAGUAAUUAUCACUCAUAACCUAUUUAGUUGAAUUAGUUGUAUUAUGGGAGUGCGUUCAUUUGUCACGCUUUAUGCGUGUGCACACGUAUGUUUAUUUGUUUGCAUACCGCAAACUGUCCAAUCUCAGCGGAAUCCACCAGAGACAAGGCCAGGAAAUAACCAAGCCGCAGGUACAUUACGGCAGACAAUACAAUGGGCGCACAACGGUAAAGUUUUUAGCCUUCUGAGUCACGGCUCGGAAUAUCGACCACCAAAGCAAAGAGGCGCCGAUAAAGAGCAAGCCCAGGAGAGACCUGUCACCAUCAUUAGCGAUGGGGAAGCCAACAAACCCUCUGAUUCAUCGAGACCGCUUCCCUCAUCUAUUCACACAGUGUCCAGCGCAGGAGCGCGCCCGCGCUGGAUACCACCUCGAGUUCCAAGGCCCCCUAGGGGACAGGGGCACCAGCAUCAGGAUGCCCAUCCAAUUGGCCAUGCAGAAACGAAGGCAAAUGGCACGACGAAUGGGACACAGGACAAACCGUCCCCAUCGCCGAGAAGAGAAGACAUGAUGGCAGGGGAUGAUCCUUACAACCCAUACAAGACCUCAGAUUCAGAUAAUCCUUACUACAAUUACUAUGACGUGUACGAGAGUCCCAGACGCAGAGAGAGACCUGGAUAUGGCACAAGGUACCAUCAGAACGGUCUGCCUGAUCUUGUGCCAGAUGCAUACUACGUUCAAGCCUCUGCAUAUGUCCAGAGAGUUCCUAUGUACAACCUCCGAUGUGCAAAUGAAGAGAACUGCUUGUCAAGUUCAGCCUACAGAGCAAGAGACUAUGACACCCGCAUGCUUCUGAGGUUCCCACAACGUGUGAAGAACCAGGGGACGGCUGACUUCCUACCAAGCAGACCGCGCUACUCCUGGGAAUGGCACAGUUGUCACCAACAUUACCAUAGCAUGGAUGAGUUCAGCCACUAUGACCUGCUGGAUUCUGGUGGGAGGAGUGUGGCUGAGGGACACAAGGCCAGCUUCUGCCUGGAGGAUAGCUCCUGUGACUACGGCUACUACAGACGCUUUGCUUGCACCUCACACACCCAGGGCCUGAGUCCAGGAUGUUAUGAUACCUAUAAUGCAGACAUCGACUGCCAGUGGAUUGAUAUUACAGAUGUGAAACCUGGGAACUAUGUCCUGAAGAUCAGUGUGAACCCCAGCUAUCAGGUUCCAGAGUCUGACUACAGCAACAACAUUGUGCGCUGUGAGGUCCGCUAUACUGGCAACUACGCCUAUGUGUCAGGAUGUCAUGUCUCACACUAUUAAGAGGGGGAUGUCACUCUCCAAACCACUGAGAAGCAAUUCUGUGAAAACUCCAUAGCAGCAAAUGACAGCCAAUUCCUUGUACAAAUUUGUGGAUAACGCACACAUGGAUAACUGCAAUUAUGUAAAAAUGGCCAUACUCUUACCAAAUUGACAGUUGACCAAUUUCUCCGGUUAAUGUAAAAUUAAAAACUCUAAGGUUUAUUUUAUUCCUAAAUUAAGCAUGUUUUUGUAAAGCCAUUCUGUAUGUUCAAUGAGGAGGGAAUAAAAUCUGGAUCUAAUUACUUGAUAGGUUUAGAAUUAAAAGUAUAGCCUCUAUGUUACAUAGCCUAUAGUUGGUUUUUAAAGGUCUAAACCAAAUACAUUGAAUUUCAGAUGUUAAAACCCCACCAAAAUUUGAAAUGGCUUGUUUUUUACAUAUCGAUACAAUUUUCUUUAACCAUGGCUUUUUUCCCUCAUCGUUGUAUGUGUUUUACAUCAGACAUAUCAUCCCUUUAAUCCAUUCUUUCUAUAAUUAUUCACAUUUGCUUGCUAUAGCUUGUAUGUUUACAACUCAAGUUCAAUGUCACUUUAGAUUUUUUUUAUGACCUUAAGGGGUUGGAAAUUGGUAUAUAUUAGCAGUACACAGAUAAAUUUUUUGUAGGCCCAGGAAUCAACUUCCAAAAAUGAAAUUUUGCAUGAAAUUAGUUAUAAAUAUUCUCUCAGUCCCAUUGCAAAAUGUGUAGAAUUGCAGGAACUUAACUCUAAAAUGUGUCCUCUGUCAAGAGGUGGGCCACUAAAAUGUUUUGCUCACAAGUUGCCCAUCCCUGAGUAAAAGUAUUGCCCAUAUAGUACUGGAUACUGUACAUACUGUGCCUGUGCUCUGAACCAAAUAUUCCAGCAGAAUUAGGAUUCAUUUGUUUUGUGAAAUGCUUUUACUUAUGGUUAGUCUGCUAGCUAUCUCUUUUGUCCUGUUUUGUUUGAUAUUUAUGCAAUGAAAAAGCUCAUAUAACUGCACCGUUUUGAUGUAUUCCAGGAAAUCUACUUGAAUAAAUCAUUGUGACAUUCA